AUGCAGAGAGCUGUGAGUUUGGUGUCUCUGCUGGUAUUGGGGUCGGCCUGGAUCCUGCAAGCCGUCCCUGUGCUCCCGGAUACUGUUAUCCUCACACAGGAGAACUUUGAUCUGGGCCGGUUCAUGGGGAAGUGGUAUGAGGUGGCAGUGGUUUCUACAUGUCCUCACUACAUGCAGCGCAAGAGGGGAAACCCCGUCAUUGUCGCACUUGAGCUGCAACAUGUGGCCUCUGAGGGCAACUUCACAAUGACGGCUGCAAGUUUCAAGAAUGGCUCAUGUAAGAAGACAACCACAGAUUAUGAUUUGACCAACACUUCAGGACAAUUCUACCACCAUAUUGCAAGGUUCGAAGCAGACGUUGAUUCCUUUGUGGUUCGUUCCAACUAUGAUGAGUUCGCAAUGAUGCUCCUGCUCAGCAUAGAGAAGCCAUCAGGAAAUAAAACCACCACAAUGAAGCUUUAUAGUCGAAAUAUGAGUGUGAGGACUGCUGUGCUGGAUGACUUCAAGACGCUGGUCAGACAACAGGGAGUGAGUGACGACACUAUCAUCACGAAUCAGAAUGAAGGUGACUGUGUUUCAGGGGAUCAGGUGACAAAGCCCGUCACUCCGCAGCCUCAGAUUUCUGUUACCAAGAAGUGGAAAAGGGAUGCGAUGCCACCCGGGCUUACUGCACAAGAGGAAGACGCUGGUAAUGUUUGACCAGGUGACAGCCCUCGUGGAUUAACUGAAGAGGAGGAUCAUCACACAAACCAGACUAUCAUGUUGUCACAUUAUUAAUGCAGAGCGCAAAGAAAUGUUUUGUUAGUACUGACUUCCAUAUGGAUACAGCACAUAAUGUAUGCAUACCAUCUGUUACUAUGUCACUAUUGUAUUUUCAUAGACAUAAAAUGCUUAGUAGGUCAAAAAUAAAUGUGUAAUGUAG